AUGGAGGGGAGAGCAGUGUUUGAAGAGAGUAGUCACGCGAAGUACGGCCUUUUUAACAAAAGCAAAUUAAAAACGUACGAAGCGACUAUGGACUGGACCACACAAUGGGCGGUUCACAUUGAGAUCAUCAAAUACAUUCGCCGUCUAUGUUCCCAGACAACCCCACAUUCAUACACAAAAGCGUCUCAUCGGAUAUAUUCGACGUCAACUGUCUAUUACCGUCGAUUUUUUGCGGAGAAGGAAGUUGGUAAAACAGUUGAUCCUCGGAUUGUUGCUGCGUCUUCCGUUAUGUUUGCCUCAAAAGUCGAGGGUUGUGUCAUCUCUCCACAAAUCAUUAUUGAUGUCUCUAAAAAGACAAUUGACUUUCCAUUCACCAUCCAUGAUUUAAUCGACUUCGAGAGGACUUUAAUCGAGUCAAUGAAACAUUCUUUAAUAGUGUGGCAUCCUGAAAAGGAUUGUGAAGACAUUAAAAACUCUUCCAGUCUCCCAGAGUUCUUUUGUGAAACGUUACAAUCCAUUUUGAACGACGCGUACUUCACAGACGUUAUUGUUAUAUACCAACCACUUGAAAUUGCACUGGGAUGUGUUGUCACUGCUGGGAUCCUCCAAAACUGUGACAUCAGAUCUCUUCUGUGUGCAAACGAUUACAACCUCGAGAACGUCGAGGACGUUGCAAAAGAAAUGCUGAGAUACUACUCAUUUGUCAAUUCGCAAGACUUCGAGAAAACCCAGGUCUCGGCUCAAAAAUAUAUUGGAGCGCUUCGUGUUUAUUGCUAUUUUUUUCCUUCCUUAUUUUCAAGUUCAUUCCACACAUCAUAUUUUCUUGCAGUGAGAUUGCAUCAUUCUUUUAUUUUUAUUUCUUAA